AUGCCCUUACUUCGUGUAACAACUUUCAAGAAUGAGCACUUACAUUCUGCCCAAGAAGACCUUGAAGUUUCUUACAGUAUAAGGUGCACACUAACUUCGUCUAUAAUUGAUGACAUAGUAAGGUCUAAUGUGGAAAAAAGACCCAAUGAAAUCAAAGCUGACAUAUAUAGAGACUAUGGCAUAAGUCUAACUUAUCGUCAAGCUUUAAGAGCGAAAGAGAGGGCAUUGGUGGAAAUAAAUGGGCUUCCUGACCAAUCAUAUAUGCUUGUUCCUUGGUUGUGUAAUAGACUAAUGGAGACUGAUGCUGACACUAUAGCAAAAUGGGUGGCUUCUGAGAACAAUAGAUUUGAACGUUUAUUUAUUGCAUAUGGUUGUUCCAUUAAAGGAUUCUUGCUUGGGGCUAGGCCUAUUUUAUAUGUGGAUGGAUGUUUCCUCAGUGGUCCUUAUCAAGGCACCUUACUGGCAACUUCAACAUACGAUGCCGAUAAUGAGUUGUUUCCAUUAGCUUUUGCAAUAGUAACUAUUGUUUUUGAUAGAAAUAAUGCUAUUAUUGGUGCUGUUAGAGCCAUAUUUGAUGGUGAUAGACAUGCAUUUUGCUAUCGACAUGUUAAGGAGAAUUUUAGCUCUGAGUUUAAUAAAGUUUGUAGGGGAAUGGGAAGGAACAGCAAAGAAGAGGCACUAAAGUUGCUUGAUUACAUUGCCUAUGCAAGGCAUGAGCACAAAUUUCAUAUAGCCAUGAAAAAUUUGAGGAUGUUCUCUCCACAAUUAGCAAGAUGGGUUGAAAAUCAAGGCGAUGUUGAUCAGUGGGCACUAUCGUUGUUCCCAUUUUGA